GGCUGUGGGCUACUCAGGAUAAAUAAAUGCCAGAGAGGAGAGCUAGAGGAGUGGGCUGCAAGAAUGGCACAGAGAGCAUCUUCUCUGGAAAGUUUCUCAGAGAUCAGCCAAGAAUACCAUAUAGAUAAAGAUGUGGGCUUUGCUCUUCCAAAUCCAGAGGAUGAACUGCCUAGCCCUUAUGAUGCCUGGAUUUCCAUUGCUAAAAACCUUCCUGACCUGAUUGAGCAUGGUGAACUACGUGAAGAAGUAGAGAAGUUACCAAUGUUCAGUAUUGAGGACCUCUCAGGACACAAGUUGCAGCGUCUGGCACACCUGGUCCUGGGGUAUAUCACCAUGGCAUAUGUGUGGAACCAAGGUGGAGAAGAUGUCCGUAAGGUCCUGCCCAGCAAUAUUGCUGUUCCUUACUGUAAACUCUCUGAGAAGUUGGGGCUGCCUCCCAUUUUGGUUUAUGCAGAUUGUGUCCUGGCAAACUGGAAGAAAAAGGACCCCAGUGGACCCAUGACCUAUGAGAACAUGGACAUCCUGUUUUCGUUUCCUGGUGGGGACUGCAGUAAAGGAUUCUUCCUAGUUUCUCUCUUGGUGGAAUUAGAAGCUGCUUCUGCAAUAAAAGAAAUUCCCACUAUACUCAAAGCAGUACGACAUCAGGACAAAGAUACUUUGGAGAAGACACUGCUUAACAUAUCUGAUUGUCUGGACAAAGCCCAUGAAGUGUUUAAACAAAUUCAUAAACAUGUGGACCCAGACCAGUUUUUCAAUGUUCUUCGCAUAUACUUGUCUGGCUGGAAAGGCAACUCCAAGCUGCCAGAGGGUCUGUUGUAUGAAGGAGUCUCGGACAUCCCAAAAAAGUUUGCUGGGGGUAGUGCAGGCCAAAGCAGCAUCUUUCAGUGCUUCGAUGUUCUGCUGGGCAUUGAGCAGAAUGCUGGUGAAGCAUCCGCUGCGGCAUUCCUCCAGGAAAUGCGCACGUACAUGCCACCAGCUCACCAGAAAUUUCUUCAGUCCUUAGAGUCGGGCCCCUCAGUGCGCAAGUUUGUCCUUUCAGAAAAUGAUGAUAGCCUUACAAAAGCUUAUAAUGAGUGUGUGAAAGCUAUGUGCUCUCUGAGAGACUACCAUUUGCAAAUAGUAACUAAGUACAUUCUGAUUCCUGCAAGCAAGCAGUCCAAAACCCCCCAAACUUCUAAAGACCCAUCAGAAAUGGAAAGUAAAGGAACUGGAGGUACUGAUGUCAUUAAAUUUCUAAAGAAUGUAAGAAGUACAACUAUGCAGGCCCUUGUGAAGAAAUCUUAA